AUGGGUAAAUAUAAAAACUAUCCUGUGGUCUUCAAGCUGAAAGUGAUUGUGUUUGCUAAACAGCAUGGAAACAGAGCUGUGGAAAGACAGUUUUCAUCGAGUAAAAAGCUGUUGCGAGACUGGCGGAAAGGUGGGAAUUAUAACAGGUCAUUGCUUCUUGUGGAUGACAUAACUGGAGACAUGCCUAUCAGAAAGAGUGACUCCAAACCCUCGAUGAUAACAUCUACUCAAGGUAAGAAUGUAAAAUCUGGACCAUACUUGAGUAAGAUGAGCAGGAAGGAGUUGGAGGACAGCUUCUCUCGACUUCAAGAGGAGAGCUUGCUGGUGAAGGAGUUAUCCUGGAAGCAAGAGAAUCAAAUCAAAAGGAUGAGGACAAAAUUGUUGAGACUCACAGCUGAAGGAAGAACUAGUGGGGAUAUCAACAGGUCUAGCAGGAAUCUAAAGGCUGAAGAAACCAUUGAAAACCUGAAGGACCAAGUGUGGCAGUUGCAGCGACACAAUGAGGGACUCAACAACCGUCUUCUGAUGUAUAAACAUCAGCUGCAAGUCCAGAGCUCUGGGCGCUCUCCAUAUAGCUAUGUCCAGCCUCGGAUCAAUACAGGGAGGCGGCAGCUUCACACUUCUGAUGCUCAAAUUCCAGCAAAACUCAAAAGAGCACCACCUACCAGACCAAGUUAUACAGCCCCUCCUAUAUGCAAAGAACAUUUGAUGGAAGAAGUCAGGGCUGAGAUGCCCAGUGAACUAGUCCAGAUUAUGACCAACAAUUCUGUGAAAGUGGAUGAACCAGAAUUGUCACCCAAGUCUCCAGAGAAGAUGUGGUCCAAAGAUGAAGACUGUGAAGAGAAAAGCUCCUUAGAGUAUGCUCAAUUGGCCACAGAGUAUAGAGCUUCCAUUAGAGAGAAUGUGGAACGGAUCCAAAUGAUGAGACUCUUGCAUGAAAGAAGCUCUGCCCUUGUGGCAGCGAAGGCCCAACUAGCAGACCUGCAGGAGGUGAGUGAGAGCUGCAUGAACAAGAAUCAGGGAAUGCUAAGUACAUCCCAUAAUGCUCUGCUAUCUCAAGUGGAUGAGCUCAGUACAGAACUGAAGGAAAAGAACAAGAAGGUGGUGAGUCUGGAAAGUCAGUUGGCAGACAUGUCUGUCCUACGGAUUACAGUGAAAGAGUUUCAGGACAGAGUGGAGGAUUUAAAAAGAGAGAGAAAUCUGCUGAAGGGAAAUCAUGACAGACUCUUAAAAAACGUGUUAAACAGCAAUAAUCAGCCUCACUGGAGCACUGACCUCAUAAAGGAAAGGCUCCAGCAGAAAGUCUCUCAUCUACAAGAGCAGCUGGAUUCUGAGGUAGAAGAGAAGAGAAAGAUCUUGCUUCAGUUGGCUAAGGAACAGGCUGAAAAUGCAGAUCUGAAGCAGGAAGUCACCCAGAUGCUAAUGAAACAUAAAAAGGAAGUAGAACUUCUCCAACAGAAAACUACCACCAUGACCACUACUAGCAGCCAAUCAGAUCCAGACUUUUUGCAACCUUCACACCAAGAUUAUACAAGGGUUGAAAUCCAAGAAGACGAAAAGAACCUGUCUUGGGCUUAUAAUGAGAUGAAGGUGGCACAUGCAGAAACUGCACUAGAAUUAGAGAAGACAAGAGACAUGCUACUUGUGCAGCACCAGAUCAACAAACGUUAUCAGGAUGAACUGGAAAUUGUGAAGGCAAAAGCUGAUAAUAGUGAGAGAGAGCACAAGGAGGAGUGGGAGAAGUUGAAUCGACUCCUGGACCUCAAGAACAAUCGAAUCCAACAGCUGGAAGGUAUUCUAAGAGGUAGUUUUUUUUCCCCUUUAGCACAGCUCAGAGAUGUGGCUUAUGGUACCCUGAGGUUUCCACUGCAUCUGGAAAUGCCAGUCCAUGGGGAGAAUAUGGUAGACUGCCUUCAGCUGCACCAGGGAGAAAACCUUUUUGAACUGCAUAUUCACCAGGCCUACUUGUCACCUGCAGCUCUGUCCCAAGCUGGAGAUACCCAGCUUGCCUCCUUCUGUACCUAUUCCUUCUAUGAUUUUGAAAUCCACUGCACCCCACUGGCUGUGGGACUACAACCUCUCUAUGAUUUCACCUCCCAGUAUGUGGUGAAAACAGAUUACCUUUUCCUGAACUAUUUACAAGGGGCUUUAUCCCGAAUUAACCUCCACCAGACUGCAGCUCUUGACCACAGUAUCCUUGCAGUUGGCUGGCUUCGUUUUGACAAAGUGCUAGAGACAAUGGAGAAGGUCCAUGGCACUGUCAUGCUUAUUGGAAAUAAUGGAGAAGACUUUGGGACAUUGGAUUACUGGAUGAGGCUGAAAUCCCCCAUAGCACACUGCCUACAGGCAUACAAUAAGCGAUUGAAGGCCCAAGCAUACCUGUCUGCUAAUGUACUUGGGGCCAGGAAGGCUCAGCCAGAGGAGUCCAGAUCAGAGAUUUUCAAGCAUAGGAAUCAGUUGUGGGUGGAAAUCGUCAGGUGCUGCAACCUUCGGAGCCGACAUCUCGGUGCACAGCCCAGCCCAUAUGCCAUCUACCAAUUCUUCACCUUUUCUGACCAUGACACACCCAUUAUUCCUGCCAGCAACCAUCCCCACUUUGGUGAUCGGGCCAGCUUCCCAGUGCACAUGACCUUGGAACUGGAUGGGUAUCUCAGGCAGACAGUCCUGCCUGUAUAUGUGUUUGAUGACAAUGAAUCGGAGCUAGGCUGGUUCCUUGGCAAAGUUCAGGUACCUUUGCUGCCUCUUGCACAAGAUAAAGCCAUUCAAGGUAACUUCAACCUCAAUGACCCUAUGGGGAAACCCAAUGGGUCCAUUGAACUGAAAUUGGAGUGGGAGUCUCAUUACCUUUCUCCAGAGAGUUCACUGAAGCCAGCAACCCAGUCUGUUGAAAAUGACAACAAGGCACCCCUGUCUGUGGAAAAUUACAGUGAAGUGCCCUUAUCUGUAGACAAACACAAUGAGGCAAACCUGCAAGUAGAAGAUUACAAUGAGGCACCUCCCUCUGUAGAAAAUAAAGAGACAGACUUGCAUAUAGAACAUUACAAUGAAACACCCCUGUCUGUGGAAAACUACAAUGAGGCACCCCUGUCUGUGGCAAAUUAUGAGGCACCCCUGUUUGAAGAAAAUCCUGAGGUACUCCUAUCUGCAAAAAAGUACAACAAGGCAAACCUGUCUGUAGAAGAUUACAAUGAGGCAGACUUGUCUAUGGAAAGUUAUAAUGAGGCGUCCCUGCAUGUAGAAGAUGACGAGGAAAGCCUGCCUGUAGAAAAUUACAAGGUAAACCCAUCCAUAGAAAAUAAUGUUGAAGCAAAGCUGUCUACAGAAAACCUCGACGAGGCCAAGUUGUCUAUAGAAAGCUGUGAUGAGGCAAAAGAAUCUAUAGAAAACUGUGACCGGGCAAAGCUGUCUAUAGUAAACUUCAAUGAGGCAAAACAGUCUAGAGAAAAUGACAAUGAGAUGCCCUUGUUGGUAGAAGAUUAUAAUAAAGCACCUGAACCGAUAGGAAAUUAUAAUGAGAAACUUAUAGAGAUUCCAACUGAAGAAGAAAAUAUUUUAUUUCACCAGCAGGUGAAGAAGAAAUUGUCAGGUGCUACUGAUGAUGCACAAAAAGAGCCAGAGGAAUGUCACCCACAAGUAAAGCAGCAAGAGUCUCCAUCUCCUGACAUUGCAAAUCGACCUUCUGAACAAGCUGAUGAAGCCAGUGAAACACCGACAACAGACAGUGAUGAUGUCAUAGUGACACCCCUGUCUCAGAAAGGGCCUAAGAGAAAUUCAGACAAGAUUUGCAUUGAAAUUGUGUCCCUGGCCUUUGACCCCGAAGCUGAAGUGAUGUCUGAUGACAGCAUCCAGCAGGUAUAUGUGGAGUACAAAUUUCAUGAUCUGCCCUUGUCAGAGACAGAGACACCCGUAUCCCUUCGGAAACCCAGGGCAGGGGAAGAUAUCCACUUUCAUUUCAACAAAGUGAUACACCUGAACCCAGUGGAACACAGAGACCGAAGGAAGUUUCUCUUUUCUAUGUUGCAGGAAAAAAAUCCUGAGCAAAGGCAACUGAAAUUUAUAGUGGUGAGUGAUCCUGAAGAGCAAAAGAAUGAAUGUCAAGAAGUAGGCUAUGCUUACUUGGAACUGUGGCAGAUACUGGAUACAGGAAGAGACAUUUUAGAACAAGAGAUAGACAUUAUCAAUCCUCAGGACAAAGCUACCUCCAUUGGAAAACUGAAAGUGUCCCUUCAAGCAACUGAUGCACUUCAGGCCAUUUUCAAAGAGAUGAGUGAAGACAUACAUUUAUGAUAAAGCAGAUGCAAGCAGUCUCUUAUUUAGAAUUGAAUAUAUCACAGGGUCAUUUUGAGGGGACCACUGUAAAAGUCUGCUUACAAAGUGCUUUGCUAUUCCACAGAUUUAUACCCCUAUGUACUUAGUGACACCUAGUGUCUCCAACACAGUGAGGGAGAAAGCCUAGACUCAUUGUUACCUUUGUCUGGUACCAUCUGUUCAAGUAUGGCUCCUGCAGUGAAAGGUCCUG